AUGUAUUCACCGGAACCGAUUGAGGCUGAGGAGGUCCUGGGGGCUUACGAUGGAUGCAAGCUCAUCCUAAACAACGCCCUGCCAGUUGAUUGUCGACUAAAGAUUACCAAUUUUCGGCUUCAUCUAUUUGUUAAGUCUACUGUGCCAAACUCUAUCAACCGCGGUGCGUGGAGCUUCAAGUGUAUUCCACUAUGCACGAUCCAGUCUCUGGAGAAGAAGCUUAGUUACAAGGGUUUAAAGGCUAUGGGUAUAAUAAUAGUAUGUAAAGAUGUGCGUAUCGUCAAGCUAAUUCUAUCAGACAGUGCAAAAGGAAUUGAUGCCUUCCGCCAACUGAACGACCUCAUCUUCCCAGCUUUUCGCAGUCGGGAACUCUUUGCAUAUGCCUUUGGACGAAAGUGUUUGGAGGAGAAUCGAUUCCUUGCUGACGGUUGGGAUGUGUACGAUCCAACGUCUGAGUAUCACCGUCAGAAUAUUGUCAACAAUGGCUGGCGCAUUUCAGCAGUGAAUGAAGACUACAGUUUUUGCGACACUUAUCCGAGCCUACUGGCAGUGCCGGUGGACGUGCCUGACGAGCUCCUCAUCCAGAGUGCCCCUCAUCGUGCCAAUUUUCGUGUCCCUGCACUCAGCUGGCUGCAUCCGGAGAGUCGAGCUAGCCUGACCCGCGCCAGUCAACCCAUGGUGGGCCUGCACAAUCGGCGAAACUCCGCCGAUGAACAGUUGAUUGAGCUGAUCCGCAGGGCCAACGCCAACACCUCCGACCUCCUCAUCCUCGAUGCUCGUCCACAGAGGGUUGCCCUCGCGAAUGUGGCUAAAGGCGGCGGUGUUGAGAACAUUUCCUACUACCGGGACAUCACUUGCAAAUUUAUGGGCAUCCAGAACAUCCACGCGAUGCGCGCCUCCCAGACC